UUUGACCAGCGUUCAAUCACAUUAAUCAUUGACUGAGCUGAACAUAAAUGCACAAAAACAAAACGCAAAAUAAUUAUUCGAAAACUAUAAACUAAAUAAGAAUUUUUUUGAAAAUUAAAAUGCAAAGAUAUCUGUUUUUGUUUUCAUUAUUCAUUGGGAAUUUUUUUAUCCCGGAUGUUUUUGCAGCGUUUCGGGAGACGCCGGCGUCCUACUUGGGAGAAAUAAAUUCUCGGGUGACGCUGACAUGCGCAUUUUACCAGGAAAUGGGCCGGCUAAACGAGCCGAUUCGAAUUGAAAUUGAGUGGCUAUUCGCCAAGCCAAGAAUAGCUCCAACGAGUUCGAACAUAGCACCCGAGUUCAAACCGUUCUACGAAGACAGACGAAGGAUAUUCGUGACAUAUGCCAGGAGCGAGGCGGACCGAAUCGUUACUAACUCGAGCACGAUUGAGAUUCGCAAUGCGAUGUAUGAAGAUAUGGGAAAGUAUAAGUGCAUCAUCAAUAAGGGAUCUACUUAUGGGGGAUUUGAAAGUCCAAUUGCCGAAAUUAGACUAGUGCCUCGAAUGUCGGUGGACCCCAAGAUUGCCCAGAUAGACCGGGACAAGGAAAGGGUGGGACUGUUCUGCAAUGUCUCCUGGCUGGACUGGGACAGGAGCAGUGGGAUGAACAACAUUCCCCUGGAUCUGCAGAAGACUGGCUGCAAGGAGACCAAGAUAGAGUGGUAUGCGUCCAGGGAGAACAUGUGGGUGAACCCGAAUGACCCGGCUGCUAUGGAGAGUGCAUUCAACAACAGACGUCCGGCCACCCAGAUCCCAAAUGUUGUAGUUGAGAACAGUGGACGUCGUCUGUGGAUCUACAGUGAGCCGGAGGGAUCCAACUACUACUGGGACAAACGGAACAGACAGAGACGCAUUGAGGAGGACUUCUUCUUCGGCCAGGGCGAUGACGUCAUCACUAGGCUGGACAGAGACCUGAUCAAGAUCACCGGCAUCUUCUGGUGUGAGUUCCAGUACUGCUACGAGAAGGACAUGCAAACCCAGCGCACACAUGCAGUAGUCAAAUACCCAAUCAAGUUCGAGCGUGAGAAGAUGGAGAGGAGUCUGAAGGGGUUCACGGAUGAGGACAUGGAGAUCCCCUGUGUGGUCGCGGGGGGUCCAUACUACACCAUCAAGUGGGGCAAGGGCAACAAGACUCUCAGUGGGAACAGGAACGAACCCAGGUCUACCAACAGGAACGACGAACUCAGGUACUACGACUUCAAGUACAACAAGACGACCGGGCAGCCGGACACUCUGGUGUUGAGGGGUUUGGAGCAUUUCGACCGGGCAGAGUACUUCUGCAAUGCCACCAGCUUCGACGGCACAGAGAUAUCCGCCUCCUUUAUGCUCAAGGUCAAAGACCAGUAUACAUCCUAUAUUCCCCUGGGAGUGAUAGUGGCCCAGAUAUUACUCAUUUUCAUGCUCAUCUUCGUGGCCGAGAAAUUCUUUGUCCAAGACCCCCACCAACUGCACAAACACAACGAGAGGUUCUCCGUCGUCAAUGCCCUCGAGAUGACUCAUGGAGGGUCCAGACGCAACUUAACCGUCGACGACCGAACUCUUUCUGUAGCUAGAGGAGAUUUCGUGGACAUCCAACAGAACGCAUACAACAGCCGAAACAGUGUUAUUUGAUUAUAAAGCGAACACGAAAAUUUGCUUAACUAAUUAUUUGUGAAUUUUGUAAUUAUUGGACCAUUUGUAACUGAAUUUAUUAGUUUUGAUUUAUAUAUUCUUUCCGUGGUUUUGUGUACAAAACUUGAAUGCUCAUUUGUCGCAAAUUCUGGGGGUUGCAUGCGCCACUUUCGUCUCGUGCUUAUAGCUAAUCUCAAAGUCGAAAAUAAAAAAUCUUACUCGCUAAGCAAUGAGAUUUGUAGGUGAUAAAUGAUGUAAUGUGA